AUGUGGACUCUCUUGUGUUCUGUACCAGCUCCCCUCUGCCUCCUGAGCCUGUUGCCACCCCUCAGUCCUGCAGCCCCCAUCUCCCCAUCAGAGCCCAUCAGUCAAGCGUAUAGCCUGGCUCUCUACAUGCAGAAGAACACAUCAGCACUGCUGCAGACCUAUCUCCAGUACCAGGGCAGCCCCUUCAGUGACCCUGGCUUUUCAGCCCCGGAACUCCAGCUCAGCAGCCUGCCUCCGGCUGCAGUCUCCUUCAAGAUCUGGCACGCUAUGGACGAUGCAGAGCGGCUGAGGCGAGCCCAGGGAGCCUUCCUGGCCUUGACCCAGCACCUCCAGCUUGUGGGGGACGACCAGAGUGAUCUAAAUCCUGGCAGUCCCAUUCUGUUGGCCCAGCUAGGAGCGGCAAGACUCAGGGCCCAAGGCCUACUGGGCAACAUGGCUGCUAUCAUGACUGCCCUGGGGCUGCCCAUUCCCCCAGAAGAGGAUACUCUGGGACUUGUCCCUUUUGGGGCCUCAGCCUUUGAGAGGAAAUGUCGAGGCUACAUAGUGACCCGGGAAUAUGGUCACUGGACGGAUCGGGCUGUGAGGGACUUGGCUCUACUCAAGGCCAAGUACCCAGCAUAGAAGGUCGGCCUUC